CGCUGCGCUCGCCCGGCCGCCCGAGCUCCGACCGCCGGCCGCGCGCGAAGCUGGGUCUGGCCCGGGGCUGCGGGGCCGCUGUCGCGUCGGGAUCCCGGUCGUCAUGGGGACGAAGGCGCGAGUCGGGGGGAGGCCGUCGCUCCUCUUCACGGCGGUGGUGCUGUGCUCACUGGCGUUGGGCAGGGGUGCCGUGUACACUACGGAACCUGAAGUUAGAGUUGCUGAGAAUAAACGCGCCAAGCUGCCCUGUGCCUACUCUGGCUUCUCCUCUCCGCGAGUGGAGUGGAAGUUUGCCCAAGGCGACACCACCAGCCUCGUUUGCUACAACAACAAGAUCACGGCUUCCUACGAGGACCGAGUUACCUUCUCCCAUAGUGACAUCACCUUCCAUUCCGUGACCCGGAAAGACACAGGCACGUACACGUGUAUGGUCUCUGAUGAAGGCGGCAACACCUACGGGGAGGUCAGCGUCCAGCUCCUUGUGCUCGUGCCUCCAUCCAAACCUACAGUCAGCAUCCCCUCGUCUGCCACCAUCGGGAGCCGGGCGGUGCUGACCUGCUCUGAGGAAGAUGGCUCCCCGCCCUCCGAGUAUUACUGGUUCAGGGACGGGGCCCAGAUGCCCACGGAGCCCAAGAGCAGCCGUGCCUUCAGCAACUCCUCCUACACCCUGAACCACAAGACAGGGGAGCUGGUCUUUGACCCGGUGUCAGCCUCUGACACAGGAGAAUAUAUGUGUCAGGCCCAGAACGGGUUUGGGACGCCCGUGAGGUCAGACCCCGUGCGCAUGGAAGCUGCGGAGCUGAAUGUGGGGGGCAUUGUGGCCGCUGUCCUAGUCACCCUCAUUCUCCUUGGAGUCUUGAUUUUCGGCAUCUGGUUCGCCUACAGCCGAGGCUACUUUGACAGAAUGAAGAAAGGGACCGCAAGUAAAAAGGUGAUUUACAGCCAGGCCACUGCUCGAAGUGAGGGGGAAUUCAGACAGACCUCUUCAUUCCUGGUGUGACCCUGGUUCUCUGCGCUUGCCUGUCUCAGGAAAAUGCCGGAAGCCCUGAUUCCCAGCAACCUGGGCUGGUCCCGCCCCUUCCUGUCUGGCCCCUCCCGCAUCCUGUCUCAGGGUGGAGCUCCAAACACUGGACCCUGUGCCAGGCCUCCCCUGCUGGAGGGUGGCACCCCAUGCGAGGCUGAGCCCCUGAGUGAGGAGAGAAAGCCUGCCGUCCACCUCUGCUGACCAGAUGCCUCCACCCAGCUCCUGAGGCUGCAGGAGAAAGUGCUGGAGCCUGAGGCAGGAGGACAUCUCAGACCAUGUGGAGACCCCAUCUUCAGCAGUAGCUGCUGCUUUCUGUGGUGGGGUGGGUGUUUGUGGAAAAGAUUGUUGGAGACAGGGCCUGAGGCCAGCUGCGUGUGAGCGAGCGCAGGACUGAGCAGGCCUGCCUGUCCUCGUCUUCCUGUCAAUCCCUUCUUUGCCCUUAAAUUACUGUGUCCCCAUCUACCACUGUCCCCCAGUCUAUUGAUUAACUAGCAGGAGGGCAAAUCGGGUUUUCUAGGGUCAUUUUGCUUAUUUCUGUGGAGGAUACUAAGUACUGCUUGGCUGUACUCUGCUCCCUCACCUGGAUAUUCCCAACAGAUUUGAAUUUUGUAGCAAGGACCCAAAAGGACAAACAGGACAAGUCAAACAAUUAGGUAUAGGUCACACGCGAACCAAAAAAAUUUUCCAGAUAAAAGUGAGAUCAAAUUAGACAAUAAAAGCAAAGAUUAUGAAAUGGUUCAGUAAGCAUGCGAUUUUAAAGCAUGUUUCAGCUCUGUACCCUGUUGGGUGGUGUGUGGCGAGGCCGCAGUGACUCUGCCCCUGUAAGCCCCCCACUCCCUAAGCCACUUGUGAGUAGAGGCAGUUGGCACCAGCCUUGGCAUUCACCCCUGCAGCUUACAGCCGCCCCUUUUGAGUCAGAAAACACCUUUUCUGCUUUCAUUGUACAAUGUCAAAACUGAUUUUUGUAAUAAAUGUUUAUUUUUCACAUUGAGUUUGUUUAUAUCCUGAAGUCCUACAUUAAAAGAGUUGAGACUCCCA